CCAGCCAUGUGUAUUUCAUCCCCACGUGCCGCAAGGUUACAACAAAGGAAUUCGCGACACUGUUCGCAGAUAACGUUAUCCGACUACACAAAGUUCCGAGUUCCAUCAUCUCAGACCGUGAUCCUUGUUUCACUUCUAAGUUUUAGAACUAGACAUUUCCCCUCUUUGGGACUUGCUAAGCUAUGUCAUCAGCUUAUCACCCAGAGCCAGAUGGGCAAAUGGAGCGUGUCAACCAGACGAGCAAAUCCUUUGCAGCACUACUAUACUGCAACAUCUUGGGAUAAGGAGCUAAGCACGGCUGAGUUUGCUUACAACAAUACACAACAUUAAUCCAUAUGCAUGUCUGCAUUCCUUGC